AUUUCCAAAUCCUUUACUAUAUUUGACCCAUCCAUGCCGCCCUCCUUAUUUAAACCUCCAUGGCAAUGGCAACGGCAACGCUGUGCAUCUUCUUCUUCUCCCCGCAAAACCAAAUUCCUCCUCCUCAUGGCUUCCCUCUUCCUCUCUCUCCUCUUCCUCACUCUCUACCUCUCUCUAUCCUCCGCCUCUCACCACCACCACCAGCCCACAUCCCCCCUACCUCAGAUCGAACAAGCCUGCAAAGCCACGCGCUUCCCCGACGCGUGUCAAGCCUCCCUCACCAACCUCGUCACUGACCCCAGCACCACCCCUGUCCAGACCAUCCAAUUCGCCGUCCAACUCUCCGGCGACGGCAUCGAGACGGCGCAGGGAAUGGUCAAGACUAUCCUGGACUCCUCCGCGGGCAACCUAAACCGCACGACCGCCGCGAAUAACUGCCUCGAAAUCCUCGCUAACUCCCUGUACCGAAUUUCUCUCGCCACCGACAGUCUCUCACGCGGUAAAAUUAAAAACGCGCGUGCCUCCAUGAGCUCCGCGUUGCUCUACCAGUACGGCUGCUGGUCGGGCCUCAAGUACGCCAACGACACCAACAUGGUCAACGAGACGAUAUCGUUUCUCGACAGUUUGAUCGCCAAAUCCAGCAACGCGCUCGGCAUGAUGGCCUCGUACGACAACUUCGGUAACGACACAAAAAUAUGGGCCCCGCCCAAGACGGAGCGAGACGGGUUCUGGGAGCGGCUGGAGCACGGAGGUCCGGACCCGGGAUUUCGGGGCGGGAUGCCGUCGGGUUUAACGGCGAACGUCACGGUGUGCAAGGAGAAAUUGUGUGAUUACAGGACGGUGCAGGAGGCGGUUAAUGCCGCACCGGAUAACGCGGGAAACGAGAGGUUCGUGAUCGGGAUAAAGGCUGGGGUGUACGAAGAGACCGUGAGGGUGCCCUUAGAGAAGCGGAACGUGGUGUUUUUGGGGGACGGGAUGGGUAAAACAGUCAUUACCGGGUCGUUGAACGUGGGCCAGCCUGGAAUUUCCACAUACAACACCGCUACCGUCGGGGUUGUUGGUGAUGGGUUCAUGGCAAGCGGACUGACAAUCCAAAACACGGCCGGUCCCGACACCCACCAAGCAGUUGCUUUCCGAUCAGACAGCGACCUCUCCGUGAUCGAAAACUGCGAAUUCUUAGGCAAUCAAGACACCCUCUACGCACAAGGCAACCGCCAGUUCUACAAAUCAUGCACCAUCCAAGGCAACGUCGAUUUCAUCUUUGGAAACUCAGCUUCCAUCUUCCAAGACUGCACCAUCCUCGUCCGUCCACGGCAACUCCUACCCGAGAAGGGCGAAGACAAUGCCGUCACAGCCCACGGAAGAACAGACCCUGCGAUGACAACGGGUUUCGUGUUUCGAAACUGCUCGAUCAACGGCACGGAAGAGUACAUGAAGUUGUACCGGAGCAAGCCGGAGGUGCACAAGAACUACUUGGGAAGGCCGUGGAAGGAGUAUUCGAGGACGGUUUUUAUAAACUGCAGUAUGGAAGCUCUUAUUACACCCCAAGGGUGGAUGCCUUGGAGUGGGGAUUUUGCUCUCAACACCCUUUUUUAUGGGGAGUUUGGGAAUUCUGGACCGGGUUCUGAUUUGUCCCAGAGAUGGAACUGGACCAGCAAAAUCCCAUCUGAACAUGUUAAUGCGUAUUCUGUGCAGAAUUUUAUUCAGGGAGAUGAGUGGAUGUCAACUUGAAAUAUUAUUAUAGGCUAUUUUUAAUUAUGAAUAUUGAUGGGAAAUAAUUUUUAUACACUACA